GAAAAGUUCAAUAGUUCUUCUCUUCUCGUUUCCUAGCAAGGAGCUCCAUCUUUCAUCCUCAAGGUGAUUGUGUUAACAUUCUUCUGCCAUUUUGAGGGACAGCCACAGUGACUUUUUGGCUUGCUCCCUUCAAUAGUUAAGAAGUUGACAUCUUCAGCAUGCAGGCACUAUAACGUCCCAGCAGUCUUCUGCUGUAGUUACCCCCAUUAUAUCAGUGUUUGCCCAUCUCAUUGGAGCGUUUCUCUCACGCGCCACAAAUCGCGUGGUUAAAGAAAUACAGAUGGGCGCCGACCUGAACAAGCUGGAGGCUCAAAUAAAAGGACGAUUGAGGUGCAGCAGUCCACGUCAGCUCGCAGGUAUAUAAACUCGUUCGCCCUAAAACUCUCCCGACAUUUUCAAAUCGUCUCUCUCUCUCUAGUCAAGAGGAGAGCCCUAACGAAGCAGCCUCGUCUCCUCUUUCUACUCGAAUUUCAAACUAAUCGGAGCCUAUCAAUUGGUCCCUUGCAAUUUCUACUCGAAUCGGGGACUGAUUGGUUUCAAGAACUUUGAAAGAUAAGAAUCGCUCAACCGGUUUCUUGAGCUUCUGUUCCUUUUUUGAGCUGCUUCCUGGGAAGUGUGCUGCUCUUAGAAGUGUUGCUAAUAAAACAUGCCUAAGGAUAGAAGAGAUCGUUCAGUGUCUUUUGAUAGGUCUAGGGCAUCUCCUUACCCAUGUAGCUCUAGUAGAACAAGACGUUCUUCAUCCAAAAAGUCUUCUGGAAGCGAGGAAGAUGUGAAAGAAUGGGAGGAAGCUCGGUGCCCUGUCUGCAUGGAACAUCCACAUAAUGCUGUUCUCCUCAUAUGUUCUUCCCAUGAUAAGGGUUGCCGCCCUUAUAUGUGUGACACAAGCUAUCGCCACUCAAAUUGUCUUGACCAGUUCCGCAAGUCAUCUGCAGAAACCACUUUGACAGUGCCACCACAAGAGGAGACUUCACUCUCUACCCCACACUCGUCCCACACAGGGAUGUCAGAGGAUGCAAUUACCAAUUUACCAGAAGAAAGAAGUGAGGAAGGGCUCUUUGGCAUUCAUACAGGGUCUUGUGAGGACCAGGUUCCUCCAAAACUGGUCUGCCCACUUUGUCGUGGACAGAUAAAGGAGUGGAUUGUUGUUGAGCCUGCUCGUCGUUUGAUGAAUGCAAAAUCAAGGAGUUGUGCCUGUGAAACUUGUGAUUUCAGUGGCUCCUAUACUGAUCUCAGGAAGCAUGCAAGGCUCGAACACCCCCUUGUCAGGCCAUCAGAGGCUGACCCCGAACGCGAGCGUAAUUGGAGGAGGUUGGAACGGCAGAGGGACCUGGGAGACUUGCUCAGCACCCUCCAGUCUUCAUUUGGAGAAGAGAGGAGUGAAGACAGCAUUCUGCCCAUUGAUGAAGGGGGAUGGCUGACUGUAUUUUUCCUUAUUCGGGUUUUUCGGCCUGGGGCUAGUUCAAGGAGCAGCAGUUGGUCUGGUACUGGUACCACCUCAAGAACCAGAGCACAGCUAAGCAUCAGAAGAAGAUCUACAAGAUUAUGGGGAGAGAGCUAUGACGGGGAAACCGGAUCUGCUUCUAGGGGUGAGGAUAAUGAGUCUUCGGAUGGUGGGUCUGGCCCUCGGAGACGCCGUGAGCCGGUCCGUCGUCGGGCAACACCAGAUGAUGAGCUCUGACUGCCAAAUCUCUUCUCUGAACUUCUCAUUGUUUUCUUUUUGGAGGUUCCAAUUGUAAGUAGAUUCCUGCACGCAACUACUGCAUCAAUUUAAUUUUUGAACACCUUUUUUUUUAGCACAUUCAAAGUAUCACUCUCAAAAUAUCAUAAAUCCAAACUCCACCCCACCUUAUUACUAGGGGUAAACCCAAGGUUGGCCAUUAUUUUUACUAAACACGUUCUAUUUAUGUGAUUAUGUUAUGUUGUUGAAUUUACUGUUUGUGCUGUGUGUUUCAGGUGGAACAACAGGGACGACCCUGCAACAUAUUUUGCUCUUGCUUGCGCUUUUGGGAUCUAUUCAACCACACAAGCAAGAGUCCUUGCUUCGAGUUGCAGGCAUGUGUAUCUAAGGAGUGUUCCAAUUGUAAUGUAUUUUUUUAGUUUAAAAGAAAACUUGAGUUGAGGCCCCUGCGCGUUCCUUUGAUGCCUCCCCUUCUUCUUCAUUUUGCUUUUGGCAUUUGCAAAUAUGCCUCUAUGAAAUUGCAAAACAUCAAAUUGGUUCCUUUAUGAUGUGUUGCCUGCGCAGCAAUGCUAUUGUUAUUAAAUCAACAUCGUAUGGCUCCUUAAUUAAGUAAUUAUUAAAAAUAUAGAGUGAAAAAUAGAAAAGCUUUUAUGAA